CAAUAGUCAGUUAGAUGGCAACUUUUGUGUGGCACGGUACAGAGAGCGGUGCGGUGUGGUGCGGUCCGUUGCGAUGUGCUCAUUGCCCUGUUGACCUGUCAAUGGCAUUUAUCGAUAUCGUAACUAUAUUCAAACAUAAUCAUAAAGCAAACGACCAAGCUCAAGCCCAAGUAAAAGUUACAUGUAAGAAGUUUGGACUAAUAGAAAAUAUAGAUGGGCAUUGAGCUCCUCGGGCAACAUAAAAAAACACAACGUUAAAGAAAAACAAGGAAAACCCAAAAAAGAAGAAAAAAAAAAUCAACAGCAAAAAGAGAGAGCAAAGUUUUACUUUGGUGCGGCAAAAACCGUUGGAAGGAACUUUAAAAGGCGUCUCUUUACCAUGGACUAUGGCAAUUGGCUGCUGCAGCUGGUCGUGCACAUGCUGUUGGCUAUGCGGCGCAUUCAGUGUCUCCUUGUGACUGACAUCAAUGUGCCACAAAUUGUUGAUUUUCGUGAUAACGUGACAUUAUCCUGCAGCUAUGACAUAAGUGGUCACACGUUAAAUUCGGUUAAGUGGUACAAAAACGAAAUGGAGUUUUUUAGAUACUCACCACUAAUGCAGCCCGUUUACAUGAGCUUCCCCGUACAGGGCGUCCAAUUGAUCGAUGAUGGCAACGAAUGCAAUGAAUCCUCUUGUCGUGUGGAGCUUAAUUUAUUGGGCAUCAAAUCGUCGGGUGUCUACAGGUGCGAAGUGUCCGGCGAUGCGCCACAUUUCAAGCUAACAGCCCGUGCUGCCAACAUGAGCGUUGAAGCUUUGCCCCAAAAUAAUCCUCUCAUCAGCAGUUUUCAUUCAAUGUAUCACUUCGAUGACUUUGUUCAGGCUAACUGCAGCACAGACUUUUCCAGUUUAUUUACCAAAAUCACAUGGUAUAUCAACGGCGUAAAGGUAUUUCUUAUUGAUUUACUGCCCAGCAUUGAAACCACAAUCACAGCCCAUGAAUACAAUUUACGCCGCAUUGUAUCUCAAUUGAAUUUCUAUGCAAACGAUCCACGAUUUCACCAAUUGCAAUUGCAAGAAUUAAUGAUCCAGCGACAACAGCAUAAACGCGUCAUAACACCACCAAAACUUGGCCUAGAGCUUCGAUGUGUGGCCGAAAUAGAUCGUUACCCGCAAUUGCAACGUGAGGCAAUUAUGUAUGCACAACUAUUUCGCGAUGAAAUGGAUUUAAAGAAUCAAAAACUAAUUAACUCCAAAUCGGUGGCCACGCCUGGCAUGGCUCUACCAGGAUAUGGAUUGCAAUUGCAGCUGCUUCUGCUGCUGGCAGUCGCAACAACCGCAGCGCGACUCUUGAUGCCGUUGACAUUUCAAUACGGUGCACGGAAGUCAGCACGGUAUAAAAUGACAUCAGUUGCCCCAACCGCAGCAACGAUGCGCCGUUAGGCUUGACUUAGUGUGUA